UGACUACUGAGCCGUUGAAUCGAUCGCACGGAUCGCGGGUCGAGCAUUAAAAAUGAGCUUCAAUUUAAGUCUACGCCCCCCCAUUCGCCUUCUGGUGGACGUGGUCCUGCUGGGCCUACUUAUUGUCCUGGUGGAGAACUUCCGUCGCUUGUGGGGGCCUCCGACGAAGCGUGGAUUCUUCUGUGAUGACGAGUCCUUGAUGUAUCCCUACCACGAAAACACAGUGAGCCCCACGCUGCUCCACUGGCUGGGACUGUACCUCCCACUGAUCAGUCUGGUCGUCCUUGAAAGCUUUCUCAGCCACCGGAAGGACAGGGGCCCCUGGGCAACACUAUGGCCGGUGUACAACACUGUGCGCUGGUUCCUUUACGGCUACGUAUCCAACGACCUGCUCAAGGGAAUCGGAAAGCAGGCAAUUGGACGACUGAGGCCCCACUUCUUCGCCGUAUGCAGUCCACAUUUCCCGGACGGCACCAGCUGCUCAGAUGAGUUGCGUCGAGGUGCUCUGAAAUACCACACAGACUACGAGUGUCGACCGAAUCUUUCGCAAGCCACCGAGGAAAUGAUUCGGGACGUAAACGUGUCCUUUCCCAGCGGACACUCCGCCAUGGCCUUCUACGGCUUGGUGUUUGUGGCGCUGCACCUGCGCCGCCGCCGCUGGCCUCUGCCUGGAUCCUUGCUCAGUCCUGUGCUGCAGCUGGCUUGCGUGGCUCUGGCCUGGUUCGUGGCCAUCAGCCGGGUCAUGGACUACAAACACCACUGGUCGGAUGUUGCGGCCGGAUCGCUGUUGGGUGCCGGCAGCGCCUUUGCGGUUACUCGGGCUGCCGCGUCCGAGGAGCUACAAUGGAGGUGCCAGGAAUCACUGGCGAGUGCGAAGCAGGAGGCUGCAGUGGUCGACGCGGCCGCCGUCAAAGGGGGCCAGCAGAUGCCGCAUGAUUUGUCUCUGGUUACGUGCCAGAUCUCUAAUUAGUCGUAGUUUAGGGUCGACAAUAAAGCUAGUGACAAGAUAA